AUGUCGACACAAGCAGCGAGCAACAGUGGCGGCGGCAGCAGCGCCAACAACAAUGCCAACAACUCGCGAAGCACAUUGGUGAAAUUAGUGGAAGAGCACUUGACCAAUCUGAUUCGAGAUGCCAAUGUGAUCAAGCGUCACUGCAAACGGGCCCGUCUGCAUCUGACAUCCAAAGACGAUCCUCGUGGAGUCGUCCGCCGUCGAUUGCAUGCGGAGGAUAUCAACUUGGCAUUGCAAUGGAGAGGUAGUGAGAAAUUGUAUGCGACAGGAACCGUCAUUCCCAAUGAUGACCACAAGACGUCUGCCGUUGAUUUGGAAGAAUAUCUCAAGAGUGAAAUGCAGUUGCGACCUCCGUUGGAAGUGGGCUUGACGACUCAUUGGUUGGCGGUGGAUGGCGUCAUGCCGGAUAUUCCACAGAAUCCUUCAUUGCGAGAUCAGCAUCAUCGCAAACGACGUGCCAUUGUGGAGGCGGGAGAAGGUGAUGUCGCCACAGCAUUGGAUUCGGCGGCCAACAGUAAUAACAAUAAUGGAGUCAAGGUCAGCCAGCUGCUUCCUCUGCUCUUGUCGGAAGAAUUGCAACUCUAUUUUACCAGAAUUACCCUGGCCAUUCAACGUGGAGGAGCCACUCCGACGACUCGACAACAGCAAGAUUCGGCCCUAGCUAGUGUGGCCAGAGAUGCCGGGCUACAGGAAUUGGUCCCAUUCUUUACCAAGUACAUCUCGCAAGAAUUGUCGAGCCACGUGGGAAAUCCCGAUCAUUGUCGCACGUUGGUCCGAUUGGCUCUCUCGAUGCUGCAAAAUCCUCAUUUGCAUUUGGAACUUCAUUUGCACCAACUCUUGCCAUCAUUAAUGACAUGCGUCGUAGCCAGUAAGCUCUCCUCUCGGCCAACAGAUGAUCACUGGGCAUUGCGACGAGAAGCGGCUCAGACGUUGAUCCGGGCCUGUAAUUUAUUCGGAGAAGAAUAUGCCACACUCAAAGCUCGUGUCUUGAGGACGCUCUGUGAUGGCACGGGCCCCGAUAAGACCGUGACCACACAGUAUGGUGGGAUUGUGGCCAUUUCGCUCUUUGGAUCCAAGGCCAUUGAUGCUUUUUUGCUUCCUGUUGUACCCGCGUAUUAUCAAGAAUGGGAAAAGGAACUGGCCAAAGUCACGGAUGACAUGGAACGACGAACGGAAUUGGUCAUGUGUCAGCAGGCCGUGUUGAAUGCACUGGGUAUCUUUUUGCGCCGAGUCGAUAUGGUGGAACAAAGCUCGCGGGUUUCAUGGGAUGAACUGGAGGAGACUUUUGGUGAUCUCCUUGUGCCCUCUGCAAGCAGUGGGAACGAGUACACCACUUGCUUCAUCUAA